CUCAUUUUCAAGUUUCCCGGAAUUAUUCUCGAAUGGUCACAUGUUAUCAUUCGAUUCUGUUCGGGGAAAAGAAUUCAAAUUAAUUUUGUUCAAUAAUGUUGAUUUCAGCUAAUCGUAAUUCAUUAUUGCGAUGUUAUAUUUUAGCACAAAAUUCUUAUAUCAAUGCUAAUUUUUCUCGUACGAUACGAACAUUACCAUCUUCCGUUUCAAAUUCGCAGCAAUCACAGCAAAAAUCAAAUGAACAAUCAAUAAAUGAUGCUGAUAAUAAUUGGUUCAAUGUUGAAUCCGGUGCCGAUAUUGAUGAACGAGUCGUACCGAAACCGAUAAGUUAUCGACCAGAUCAUCUUCCACAAUUACGUAAACGACAGAAACAAAAACCAUGGUGGAAAUUUCGUUACUUUGUCGACAUUAAUACAUUGCCUAUCGAACAAGCCGAAUAUACGGAAAAGCCUGAAUAUCCACCAAUAUAUCAGCCAACAAAUGAAGGAAUACAAAAGCAAAUUCGGCUUGAUUGGUAUAAUGCUAUCCGUCGAUUACCAACAGCUGAACAAAAAAUCUACGAAAUAACUAAACAUUAUGGUCAUCUAAGUCUAAUGAUUGAUCCAGUUAUGGCCACCUAUAAUGGAUUACCCUCACAAAAAUUCAUCACUCGUACACAUUUGAUCAACGGAUUGCCCGACUCAUAUCGUUCAACUGAUCUGCAAAAUGUCGAUAAUAUUGAACAUUUACGACAACAAAUUCUAUCCAUAAUUGCUGCACGUUUGUUUGAGGCUAAAUCUCGCAUCGCAUCUGCUGAUUUUCGUAAAACGCAAUUGACAACUAUUGGUCGAAGUAGCCCAACAAAUGUAGUACAAUCAUUGGCUGAAGAUGAUAUUAUUGCCGAUGUUGUACAAUUGAUACAAAAUCAUUACCGUUCAGAACAAUUGGACAAUUAUCAUCUGGAUUACAAUCCAUUUGUCAGUACAUCAUGGUGGCUUGGUGAUUAUCCUAUACCAUUCAAAAAGGCACGCUGGUUCAAAGAUAAUGAAAGAAUAAAUCAAUUAUUCACUUAUCGUGGUAAUCAUAGUCUUCAUAUUCGAAAAAUGAACCCAUUGCCGCCAAUCGUAUCGAUGAAUGAUGUUUUAUCGCAAACAGAAAUACCUAAAUGCGAUUAUAAUCUACUAAAAUUAGGUAUACCGUUACGUCGUCAUAAUAUUAUGUCAUUACCUGGUUUUUGGCCUGAUCGUUCUGCUGGUUAUGAUUUUCCUUAUCUAAUGGCAAUGAAUUAUGAAUGUUUACGACAACGGCAACGACGAUAUGGCCUUUCCGGAUGUAAUGAUGAUCAAGAUGUAUGUGAUGGUAUGGCAAUUACAUCAGCAUUCAGUUGGUUAACCGGUAUAGCUAAUAAUCUUGGUUUCACAAUAUAUGAUCGAUUAACAUAUCCAUUAGUUACAAAUGUUGUUAUUACUAAUGGACAAGAUUGGUCAUUUUAUGUUUAUCAAUUGAAUAAUCAUUGUUUCCAUGAAGAUCUUACUAUUAAUGAUGAUGGUAAUAAUGUAAAUAAUGUAUGUAAUCUAUGCUGGUCAAGUGGUAAUAUACGUUUAUUUGAUUCAUUCGAAAAUGGAUCAUUCAACAAUGUUAAUAUAGCCGUAUUGGAUAUGUUAAUCAAAAUGAUAACAACAAAUACAGCUACUAAUGAUUAUCUAUCCGAAUUGAAUCUUCGCCCUUAUCUUCGAUCAUCAUUAGAUAAUAAUAUCGAUAAUCAACGAGAAAAAGAUGAAUUAACAUAUAGUUUACGUCGUAAAUUUGCCAAUCAAAUUGAUACAUUUGUUGCAAGACGUAAGAAAACAAAUCUUUGGGAAAAAAUUUAUAAAAAUCAUAAAGAAGCAAUGAUCGAUGUAAAACGUAUACGUCCAAAAAUUGAAAUGAAAUAUCCACCAUUUUUUAAAUAAACAAUCUAUAGACACACACAUU